GCUCGGUUAAAUUUUAAACCCGGAAACGGAAACAUUAAUGUCAGAAGCGAGGUGUUUUUUUUUUAACUUUCUUUUGCAUUCCGGCGAAGGAGUAGACUAGAGAUCUCGAACUGGUGCGCGAUAAAGAUGCCGUCUGAAUGCAACUAUGCUUUGCUUCAUACUGGACAAAGAAUGCCUUUUGUUGGAUUAGGUACUUGGAAGAGUGAUGCUGGACAAGUAAAAGAAGCUGUAAAGUAUGCCCUUAGUGUGGGCUAUCGCCACAUUGACUGUGCUACAGCUUAUAGCAACGAAGCAGAAAUAGGUGAAGCUCUCCAGGAGACUGUUGGGGCUGACAAGGCUGUUAAAAGAGAAGAGCUGUUUGUUACAUCAAAGUUAUGGAACACCAAACACCACCCAGAAGAUGUGGAGCCAGCUUUAAGGAAGACUCUGCAAGAUCUAAAGCUGGAUUACCUGGACCUCUACCUUAUGCACUGGCCACACGCUUUCGAGCGAGGAAAUAAUCUCUUCCCCAAGAAUCCUGAUGGUACAAUGCGUUAUGAUUAUAUUGACUACAAAGAUACAUGGAAGGCUAUGGAAAAAUUGGUGGAAAAAGGCUUGGUGAAAGCUAUUGGACUUUCAAAUUUCAAUAGUCGACAGAUUGAUGAUGUUCUCAGCAUAGCUUCUGUCAAGCCAGCAGUUCUACAGGUGGAAUGUCAUCCUUACCUAGCCCAGAGAGAACUAAUAGCUCAUUGCCAUCAGCGAGGGCUGGUGGUAACUGCUUACAGUCCUCUUGGUUCACCUGACCGGAUGUGGAAGCACCCAGAUGAGCCAGUAUUGCUGGACGAACCUGGGAUAAAGAAACUGGCAGAAAAAUACAACAAAUCUCCUGCUCAGAUUCUUCUCAGAUGGCAAGUUCAGCGUAAAGUAGUUGUUAUUCCCAAGAGUGUUACCCCUGCACGCAUACUCCAAAAUCUUCAGGUGCUUGACUUCAGCCUGACCGUUGAAGAGAUGAAUUCUGUUGAGAGCCUGAAUAAAAACUGGCGAUAUAUUGUGCCAAUGCUCACGGUGGGGGACAAAAUGAUAGCAAGGGAUGCUGGACACCCCCUAUAUCCCUUCAAUGAACCAUAUUAAUUCACAAAGCUACUAAGAUGAAAAAUGUAUUUCCAUUCAGGACAGCUGCUGCCAUCAGUUACUAGAUUAAAAAAAAACAUACCCAAAUAAAGUUUUAUAUCUAUGA